AUGGUGAUAGCUGUUAUGGCGGUAGUUGCUACGGUGUUACCUGUUGUAGUGAUUAUUGCUAUGGUGGUAGUUACGGCGUUAGUUGUUCUAGUGAUAGUUAUGGCGAUAGUUUGCUAUGAAGAUAGAUGUUAUGGUGAUAGUUGCUAUGGAGACAGUUGUUAUGGUCGUAGUUGUUAUAGCGAUAGUUGCUAUGGCGAUAGUUGUCAAGUCAAUAGCUGCUAUGGGGAUAGAUGUUAUGGUAUUAGUUGUUAUGGUUAUAGUUGCUAUGACGAUAAUUGUUACGAUGAUAGUUGCUAUGAUGUUAGUUGUAUUGAUAAAUUCUUUGAUAAUGGUGUCUGUGGUUCUGAUUGCUGUGGUGAUGGUUGCUGUGGUGAUGGUUGCUGUGGUGAUGGUUGCUCUUGGUGA